CAAGGAGUCAAACAAUUUUAUUUUGACUAAAUAUGUACACAGAAGUAAUAAUGCUUAUGAUAUUUGAUACAAAUCAUUAGAUUAAUCACAAUAUAUAUAUUUUUACAAUAAAUCUAUUUAGAGAUAAACAUCGAUAUUAUUUUAUAAAUCUAGUUAAAUUUUAGAUUGGUUGACUUACAUCUCUGCUCGCCUGAAAAACGAGUCGUCAACUUUCAGCGUCGCGAUCACCCUACCCCGUAAAUGCUCUGCCCCGCUCCGCCAUAUGCUGCCGUCCCGCUGCCCUGCGCCGCGCCCGGCCCUCAGCCCAUCCCCAUCUAGUUCGCCACGCCGCCGCGCCGCCCGUCUGACACGACGUCCCACCGCCCGGCAUUCGCGGAGGAGAAUAUGGAGGCGCAGGCGGAGGCGCCAUCCCGUGCCCAUGCGUCUGCUACGGGACAGCCUUCCGCCUUCCAAUGUGGUGCAGUCUGUGCGUACGCUUAAAUGGACAUAGCGGUCGAAGAGCCCGAGGUGAGCGGCGCGGCGGAGAUCGCGGCGGUGCUCAUCGCCGCCCACCCACACGGCAACUCCGUCGCCGUGGCCAUCGCCAUCGCCAUCGGGUCCGGGCUCCUGUUCGAUCUCAGGGCUGCUCUGUCAAAUGGUUGUGGCGGCGGUUCUCAUUCAGACACUAUAAGAGCUCUUUGCUUCAUUGUGAGUGGAGCUUUGUUUGCAUCUGCUGGUGACGACAAACUUGUGAAGGUUUGGAAGACUGACUCCUGGCGUUGCAUCCGGACUAUAAGUUUUCGCGAGAUGGAUGGUUCAUUGCUACUGGUGGCAGGGACUUCAAAAUAUGAGUCACAUUAUUCCCGAAGAAUCCUCUAAAAGAGCCCCUGAAACACAAAGCUUUUGCGUUGGCCAUACAAAAUGGACAAGGAGAAGGCCGACCAAGAAGAUGCCACUAUGACUGCCACGUGUGUGUGGAUGCUGACGCCCAAGCUUGUGUCAGUGUGACCCUCGCCACUCUUUAACGCCGAGUGUGCUAACAUUACCGCUCUAAAAAGGGGAGUCGCUGCCUUUUGUGAUCGCAUCGCCCUAACUUGCCCCACUAGUGAUCGGCCAGUUGAAUGCCCGCAUGUAGUACGAAUUGAAGCUACCUCCAUCGCCAAUCUUCAUGUCGGCUUUCUAGGACAUCUGCUUGGUGGUUCUCGACCCCUGUCUUUCCACUACCACUAGUGGGGCGACCUUGUUCUGCUUACUCUCUAGUGCUAAACACUCAUCAACCAUGCCCUCUCUGAUGUGCGUUGUUUUGGCAUUUUAUCUUGGCACCGAAUGGACUACGUCGUGCUGUCUUGUCUCUUUAAUAUGGCUACCAUCAAACUUUCGGAAAUCAUUCGUGUCCGCAGUGGCAUAGACCGUCCAAACCUAUCCUUCAUGGCACCUCAAAAACUUUCUCCAAGACCCCACCCUAUGUGUUUUUCUUGGGUGCUCCAAUCAUAAGGGCUUUGGGGCUUGAUCUCUCCUCCAACUGUGUCAUCAUUUCUCAAAAUGGCAUCUUAAAUAUUUCUUGCGUAUUUUGUUAAAAGAGCACUAAUGUACAAUUCUUUUGCUUUCUUAGGUUUCAAUUUUUUUUCAAAAUUAUUUUGGUAUAUAUUACAGAUCUUACCUAAGCACACGUGAUUUGGGCCACAUCUAAAAAUUUGUCGAUCUUGCUCCUGUCCAUCUUGAUAAUGAAGGUUUAGUCUAUCUUCGAUGUUUUUUUUCAUCCUACCAGUGCUAGUGUGGACCAAGCUAAGAACUUCUUCCCACUUCGGCAAGUCCUCUUCCAUCUCCAACAAAGCUCGAUCCAAAUUGAAGAUCCUUCUACUCUAGUGAGCUCUAUUCCUAGAUGUUCGAGAGGAAAUAUUGUCUUUAGCAUGAUAGUUGGAACACUCUCAUGUAGUAUCUAGAUGGAAUCCUAGGCUCUUCCCUUAAGUUUGAUCGAUCACUUGAGGUUGAAUAUCAAACGAAACAUACUACCAGAUAUAGAGCUCUCUUUCUAAUAGGGUUAUGUACAAUAGAUCAAUCGUAAUUUCUGAAAAGCAAAAUGGUAGUGGUCUUGCUUUAAAGCCAUUGCAUUGUUGCUUGCUAGAUGAAAAGCAAAAUGUAGGCU